GAUAUUAGCUAGCACUCGCUAACGGUAUUCUCUGCAAAAGGGAAGACGGUAACUCAAGAAAAUCAACACCUGGAUUGCUUAAAGGACUGUACCUCAAUAAAUUAUAACCGACCGAAGAAGGAUUAAUCACGUUGUAAAGGCUACAACCGAAGUUUAAUCCCUGUUUUUGUUGGGUGUCUGUUGUCUCAUGAUGGAGGAUAAUGGUGCACAUUUCUUCGAGGGGACGGAGAAGCUGUUGGAGGUGUGGUUCUCCCGGCAGGACGAGGCCAAAGGAACCGGAGACCUCCGUACCAUCCCCAGGUUUGAGUGGGACAAACUUCUGGAGAAUGUGCAUUGUUUGAUCAUAAGUGUGACAAAGUCUGACAAGCAGGAAGCUUAUAUACUCAGUGAGAGUAGCAUGUUUGUCUCCAAGAGACGUUUCAUUUUGAAGACAUGCGGAACCACCCUCUUACUGCAAGCACUGGUGCCUCUGCUGGAACUCGCCAGGGAGUACUGCGGUUUCGAUGCCAUCGAGAAUUUCUUCUACUCCCGCAAGAACUUUAUGAAGCCCACCCAUCAAGAGUUCCCUCAUCGAAACUUCCAGGAGGAAGUGGACUUUCUCAGCCAAAUUUUCCCAAAUGGUGCAGCCUACUGUAUGGGACGUUUGAACUCUGACUGCUGGUACCUGUUUACCCUGGACUUACCAGAGUACUGGGAGAACAAGCAUGCGGAUCAGACGCUGGAAGUUCUGAUGAGCGACCUCGAUCCAGCCAUUAUGGACCAGUUCUAUAUGAAAGAUGGUGUUUCUGCAAGUGAUGUCACUCGUAUGAGUGGAAUUCGUGACCUGAUACCAGGUUCUGUGAUCGAUGCCACAAUGUUCAACCCAUGUGGAUACUCAAUGAAUGGAAUGAAGACUGACGGAACUUACUGGACCAUCCACAUCACCCCAGAGCCGGAGUUCUCCUACGUCAGCUUCGAAACCAACCUCUCCCAGACGUCAUACGACGAUCUGGUCAGCAAGGUUGUGGAUGUGUUCAAGCCAGGAAAAUUUGUGACUACACUUUUUGUCAAUCAGAGCUCAAAAUGUCGCAGUGUCUUUUCUCCCGCCCAGAAAGUGGACGGCUACAAGCGUCUCGACCGCCAGCUGGCUCAAUUUAACGAGUACAAUUUCGUCUUCACAAGCUACGCCAAGGGGCGCCAGCAGAACCAACAGAGCUGAGGGUCGAGGAUGAAGAAGAGGCGUAAAAAGAAAGGCGGCCGCUUGGGGACACUCCCCUCCUGCGGCCGGCUUCACCCCCCACUGAAGAGCCUGUCCUCUUCCUCCCCCUCCUCUUCCUCCUCCUCCCCCCUUCCGCUGCCGCUGCCGUCGUUGUUCAGAGUCUCCCGGUGCUGACGAGGUGGCGAGCCCCGGCUUAGCCUCCAGUUUGAGUUGUUUGCAUUGUUGUACCCGUGACUUAGAUCUCUUGCAUGAAAGCUCUUCUCCCCGUUUCGAUAUUCUAGCUCACUCUUGCCGUGAUCUUGAGGUGCAUGCAGAGGAAUUGAACACGCUCCGUUCAAGGCCGCCCGUCUGCACCCAAGGCGACGGCCCCUUCCUGCAGGCAUCCCCCCUCAUCCCCCACAGACAAGGCUUCCGCCCCCACUAGGCCGGGGCCCCUGGCAUGCUCAGAUCGGUCCGCUCAUCCGUUUCCCCGCCACCAAAAUUUCAAAAAUUCGACCAAACUAACCCGAUUCGCUCAUCUAUUUAUUUAUGAAGCACAACCAGUUUUUUUUUUUGAGUGCACUUUAAAAAACCUGUUUGCUCACGGUACGAAUGAAAGAAUAGAAAGCCGACCUUUUAUGUCUUUGUCUAACGUCUGAUUGAAUGUAUGAGUCGUGUUAAGCUUUUGGCCAUUCUAAUCGUCGUCGCUUUGUCGGGACACAUUUGAGUUCCUUCGAUUGCCAUACUCGCUGUUCGAUGUUGCACACGUUGGAUUAAAGGUUCUCAGCUCAUUGGUCGAUUUGUAAAGUGCACUAUUGGGAAACAAACAACAACAACAAAAAAAAGACGUUCUGCUUUGCUGGGCUUUUAACAGGCCGACUCCCACCAGCGUUCACUCAUUUGUGCUCCUACUUAGAAACCGACAAUCAAUCAACUAUUCCGUGUGCCCUUCUAUAGGAAGCCUCUGGGUCUUAACACCCCCUCCCCUCCCUCCGCUCAUAUUUAGCUCUCUAGUUUCCACAUUCACAUGAAGUGGUUAAAAUGUUCAAACUGAAUGUAGCACCCCCCCCCCUGUCUUUCGAAUGUACACAUCCCUAGAGAAAAGCCUGGACCAGGGUUCCAGCUGAAUGUACCACUCCAGUAGAGCACCCCCUCCUCCUCCCUCACACAAUGCCCUCUGCCGACCAGCCUUUGUGGCAUUCGCAGCAGGUCUCUCCCACCUCCGACCCCCCCGGAACUGUGACGAGACUGCGGCCACUCUCUGAAUGGGGGGAAAAAAUAAUGAAUCGGGACACUUUUUUGCUUAGUUAGCCCAGCAAAGCAUUUCACACAUAAUGUCCAUCCUCUCUGUCUCUUUCCGCCCGCCCCCCAUACAGAAAUCUGUACACAAACAAUAGAGGUCCGCCGGUCUGAGCAUGCCAGGGUGAUCCCGGAUCAUUCCACAUAUAACUGCUGCAUAAGCUGCCAUUUAAUUACAUUUAUUGUACCCCAGACAUUUUUCUUUUCUUUUUUUGCAGUGAGUUGGUCAAAAAUGUGACACCCCUAGCAGUUUUGUUUUGUUUUUUUUGUUUGGAUCAACACUUUUUAGUCCAUUGAGGGGGAAAAAAAUCCUGUGACACUAUGGUGCAUGUGACUACUAGUGCCGUGUUGCUUGACAGUGUAGCGUAGCGCCGUCUCUUCCUCCUCUUCGUCCGUAGGUCUGUGUGCUUCACCUCCCUCCUCGUUUUUUUUGUUUUGUUUUUACCAGCUGAAAUCGUUUCUGAUGUGUUUUGGAUAACGCAUGGACUAAUUUAUUUAAUUUUUAUCUUCCCUUAAGGUUAACUUGUAUUGAUCUUACUUCAUGUUUGUGGACGAGUGCUGAAGGCAGGUUAGGUUUCUUAAUCAUUAUCUUUUAAGCUACGGUCGGUCCUCCCCGUUCGCCGUUUGGCUCUGCGGCGUUCACAACGCUUCUCCUGCCAGAGAAUGCAGUUUUUGAACCUUGAGCCGGACGACGACGCCCUUUGACCUGCUCUCAGCCCUCAGGGCUCAACGCAGUCCUUUCUUUAUGGUAGAACUGUGCGUGUGGUUGCAUCGGCGCCCAUAACUGUCAUUCAUCAUCCGAGGCCCUCUGCAAGCCAGUUGGACCAGUAGAUGAAGUUUUAACGAGUUCUUUUUUUCCCCCGACAUCCAGUCUCUGUUUUCACAUGAACUGAUCUCAACUUGCUGUCAAACGACUUAAGGUGAUCCGCUAAGACUGUUACCGGUUCCCUUUUUCUUUUUAAAAGUCACAAAUGUUAAAACCGCUCAAAAUAAUGCGAAGCGGUUCAAAGCUAACUGUUAUUGGAUGAAGUACAUUUAGCCGCGUUGGUGUGGAUCAUUAUGCUAUUGUUUUAUUUUAUUUUUUAUACAGUGAACUCAAAAUGCAUUUUUUGCAGUUGAAUGGUAAUAGAAUUUUAUACAAAAAAUAUUUUGUAUUUUUUGCUGCGGACCAAUCUUUUUGUUCUUUCUUUUUUCUCUCAUCCCCCCUUUUUUUUUUUUUUUUUUUUUUUUUUUGUCCAAAUGUUUAUUUUGUUGUGAAACCAGUUUGUUCUAUAGUUACGGGAUGACCUUUUCAAAGCUGACUCAUUCAUGUUCGUUUUUGUUUUUUUUCAUCUUCACUCUCCCUUCCUUUUGAAGUCUUCUCUCUAGAGGAUGGGAGAGUGAACGCCUCCCCCCGUGUCAGAGAAGGAGAGAAGGGGGUGCGGUUUCAGGAUGUACUGAAGGAGAAACUUUGCUGUUAUAAUUCUUUCUUUUGCUGUUCUUUGGAUGGUCAAGAUGUGCUAAAUAUAUCUGUGCUACGAGCUUGAUGCUUCAAUAAAAAAAGAUGCUUAUCUGUGCAA